UGUGUCGAGGAAUUCCUGUCGUGCGUUAGUACGUCGGCCACAACUGUUGAUGAAAACCAAGCAUUCCGGUUCCUAGCAGCUCGCAAGUUUAAUGUUCAGGAAGCUGUUGAACAAUUUUACUCUUACGAGGCUUUUUUAAGGGUUGAAGGUAUUACUGUGGUCGAUCCAUUGGAGGAAAAUGUCCGGCGGGAACUUUUGUCGGGAAAAUUUACCAUUUUGAACGACAAAGACCCUGCCGGAGCACGUGUUGCCCAGUUAUUUGUACGUCUCCAUCGGCCGACAAGAAGCACGCACAAAGCGUUUCUUCAAUCGGUUAUAUUUCAGUUGAAUGCAGUUCUGCGAAAAGAAACUGCUGUUCGAAACGGCCUCAUUCUUAUCUACGACAUGACAAACGCAAAGUAUUCUAAUUUCGAUGCGGAUCUAUCAAAAAAACUUUUUAAUAUGCUCAAGUCGUACUACCCAAUCCGCUUACGACGGAUAAUAGUGUUAACAGCUCCUCUUUGGUUCCGGGCCCCCUUUCACUUACUACGAGUUUUCAUAAAGGAGGAACUACGAGACAGGGUCCAUGUACUACGUCCUUCCCCGGGCUCAAGGCUGGCCUCUCUUAGUAAUCCCGACCCCGCGACUGCCCAGAGGGAGCAUUUUACUUGGCUUUCAACAGCCCUCACUGAAACCCUCAACCCCAACGAGAUGUCAUCCACCACGAGCCCUUCAAUACGUCGAUCCUCUUCGGUCAUAUCUGCCUUUUUUGACGCAUCUACCAUCAACAGCAACACUAGUGACAACUCGGGUCGUUCCUCUUCAUCCAUUUCCUCAGCCAGCGAGGCUGGGGAGGAGAGGAGCGUGUCUACCCCCGUGUUUUCCAAUUCCCCCUCAGGAGGUUCUAUAGAGGACGAGGGCCUGAUGUCAGAGAUCGGCUGUCGCUCUCCCAAUUGGGACCCAUUUGCGCUCUCCAGCUCCCAAUCAAGUGACGCUGAGUCCAAUUGCCCACGGCAGAAUAUGGAUAAGGGCAACAAUGUCCAGCCCAACGACGAGAAGGAUAAACGCUUCGAGGAAAAAGUCAGCAAUAGAGUGAUUGACGUACCCUUUCGCGACUCUGGUGGAACUCCGACGCCUCCCGCCAUUCCCAAGUCUGUCAACCUCCUGAAUAAGGAGUCCGUCGAAGGCGGUUGCCUUGACACCGAUCUUGCAGUCACUCCCACCUUAGAGAGCAGUACUCUGCCUUACGCAUAUCCCGGAGGCAAGCACUUCCACAACUUUGCCGGCACCACCUCCUCGACUGCAUCUUCGUUCUACUCCUCUGUUUCUUCCUCAUUGUCUACCAAUGAUGAGAGCAUGAUUCUGCCUUCAAAUGCUUCCAUCGCCACCAACUGGCUCCCAAAACAGGCUCCUCUUGCCUCUCAAGACGAAUUUGUUGGUUUCGAAGACAGUGGAAGUCCAGGGAGUAGUAAUACGAUUAGAAAAGAGAAGCGUUACAAGCAAGCUGGCACUUCCCCAUCUCCCAGUCACGUUGUUCAUCCCUCGGGCUUGAUCCCGUCAUGGGCACUCCACCGUCCCUCCGGCCCCUCGAUACACGUCGGCCCAAGUCAGAUUUGUGAACCCUCGCAGCAGGUUGCUGAUCUUCAGCCAAUCGGAAUCUUACGUGCCGGUGAAGCCUCCCUUGAAUCGCAUCUUCCUAUAUCAACAAGUCAACCUUUCCAUGUUUCCCAAUCGCCUCUGAUACAUCAGGAACCUGAUUCUGUAAAAGAUCAGCUUGACAGCUCCCCAGAAGACAACGAGGAAGAGUUUACUGAAAGUGACGAUGAGGAAGACUCGAUGAAACUGGAUCUGGACGGCCUCUGGAUGAGUACCAGCCAGCUUCUAGACCACGUGACCGAAAUGGGAGCUAACGGGCUGGCCGAGGAAUAUGCGGCUGUUUGCAGUAUCAAAAAUACUGAUCCAUGCACCGCCUUUAAACGGCCGUGUAAUUCGUCAAAAAAUCGCUACGUCGACGUUACCUGCCUAGAGCACAGUCGAGUCCAAUUGCGACCACACCAACGUCCUCCUCAGUCUCCCUUUUCCGCCUCAACUAGUGAAAAAGACUCUAAAACACAAAAGCAAUCUCCUGUCUACAUCCACGCCAACUGGGUUGACAGUUAUCGACAGAAGAACGCUUUUAUUUGCACCCAGGGCCCUCUUCAGGAAACAGCUGGCGAUUUCUGGUAUAUGAUUUGGACUUACAACGCGCCCGCGGUGGUAAUGAUUACUCGGUGUUACGAGUCGCAGCGGUGCAAGUGCUUCCAAUACUGGCCUCCAGUUGAGGGUCAGACGUUGCAUUUUACUUCAAUCUCCUCAAGUGCAAACUCUGUGGUGGCCGUACCAAUGGCCAGUGGCAGUGGGGUCGGUGAUAGUGGUGUCGGGACAAUGACUUCUGUUAGGAAGAAGCCCCUCUUCGCUCUUGCACGGCGCUCCGCCAGUGAGGUGAGCAAUUCGAACAAACUCGUCUUCGAGUUGGUGCAUGUCAGCUCGCAGCCCGGCGAUGACUACACGCACACCAAGCUGCAGUUGAAGAACCUCAAGUCAGGUCAGAGUCGUAUUGUCGAUCACUACGCAUUUCAUUCCUGGCCAGAUCACGGUGUGCCUUCCGAUAGCUCAGCGCUACUCGAAUUACUUAGCAGCGUGCAAACAAAUUACGCCGCAACUCUCCACCGCGAACUCAACUACACCACCCUCUACGAUACUCCCAUUGCCCCUCCACCAAUCGUGGUACACUGUAGUGCCGGCAUUGGGCGAACGGGCACUUUCAUUGCUCUCGAUGUCAGUACUAAGCAGUUGCUCGAACUCGGCGUUGUCAAUGUCCCCCUGACAGUGGCGCGAAUCCGUUCGCAGCGUUCAGGUUGCGUCCAAGUCUCGGCUCAGUACAUUUUUGUGUACCGUGCACUCAUUGACUUCGCCGUGGCCAGAGGCCUCGUGUCCCCGAGCCACGAAGACGCCGUGGAAACCGCACUUUCUCAGCUCACCUCACCGCCUCGCCCACCAAUGUUUCUGCCAAUGGACGCCAGUCUGAUGUCCGCUCUUGCCGCUGGCGGGGUUGGCGAUACUGCGCACUUCAGCACCUUGAUGCGGUUCCUUCGUGACAAAAUGACUGGCUCCACCGCUAAAUGUAGUGGAGGUGAUGUCGAAGCCCCAGUCGCGCAGCAGCUCGUUUGCUGUCGCGCACCAAACGAGCCCAAUCGCGAGGCUGACGGAGACCGCCAGGCGACAGAGGUAGCCGAAGCAGUAGAACCAAAGAUUGAGGAAAGUCUCCCAGACAAUUCCAAAUCUCCACCAACGUCAGGCGAGCGGCCGAGGAUCUAG